UUCGCAACUGGAGAGGAUGUGAGAUUUCCGCUUCGCUCGCUCGCAGUCGCAGUCACAGACGAAGAAAGUUGUGCAGGGUUGGACUGCGGGUUUCAGGGAUCAGACGAGAAAUGGACAGCCAGGGAAGGAAAGUGGUGGUUUGCGACAACGGUACUGGGUUUGUGAAGUGUGGCUAUGCAGGCUCCAACUUUCCCGAGCACAUCUUCCCAGCGCUGGUGGGCAGGCCCAUCAUCCGCUCCACCGCCAAAGUGGGCAACAUCGAGAUCAAGGACCUGAUGGUGGGUGACGAGGCGUCUGAGCUGCGCUCCAUGCUGGAGGUGAACUACCCCAUGGAGAACGGCAUCGUGCGCAACUGGGACGACAUGAAGCACCUGUGGGACUACACCUUCGGGCCCGACAAGCUCAACCUGGAGGCCCGCGGCUGCAAGAUCCUGCUCACCGAGCCGCCCAUGAACCCCACCAAGAACCGAGAGAAGAUCAUCGAGGUGAUGUUUGAGACGUAUCAGUUCGCUGGAGUUUACAUCGCUAUCCAGGCUGUUCUCACACUCUAUGCACAAGGUUUGCUGACGGGUGUGGUGGUUGACUCAGGUGACGGGGUGACUCACAUCUGUCCCGUAUACGAGGGCUUCUCACUGCCCCACCUCACACGACGACUGGACAUCGCCGGCAGGGAUAUCACACGCUACCUCAUCAAGCUGCUGCUGUUGCGUGGCUAUGCCUUCAACCACUCGGCCGACUUUGAGACGGUGCGCAUGAUGAAGGAGAAGCUGUGCUACGUGGGCUACAACAUCGAGCAGGAGCAGAAGCUAGCACUCGAGACCACCGUACUAGUGGAAUCAUACACGUUGCCUGAUGGGCGUGUGAUCAAGGUGGGUGGUGAGCGGUUCGAAGCCCCUGAAGCUCUGUUCCAGCCCCACCUGAUCAACGUGGAAGGGGUCGGAGUAGCAGAGUUGUUGUUUAACACCAUCAACGCAGCAGACAUCGAUACUAGGGCUGAGUUCUAUAAGCACAUAGUGCUGUCGGGUGGGUCCACCAUGUACCCUGGUCUGCCCUCUCGCCUGGAGAGGGAACUCAAACAGCUCUACCUGGAGCGGGUGCUGAAGGGAGACGUGGAGAAGCUGUCUAAAUUUAAGAUCCGUAUUGAGGACCCUCCUCGGCGGAAGCACAUGGUGUUCCUGGGCGGGGCCGUGCUGGCCGACAUCAUGAAGGACAAGGACAACUUCUGGCUGACGCGCGAGGAGUACGAGGAGAAGGGAGUACGCGUCCUGGAGAAACUAGGAGUCACCGUCAGAUAGACACACACACACACACACACACACACACACACACACACACACACACACACACACACACACACACACACACACACACACACACACACACACACACACACACACACACACAAGGAGAAGGGAGUACGCGUCCUGGAGAAACUAGGAGUCACCGUAAAUACACACACACACACACACACACACACACACACACACACA